UCCACAUGAGAUCGGAUCUUAAAAAAUUCAGAAACAUUCAAACUAGAGAGAACGGUUUCUAAGAAGGCUUUUCUUCUUCCUCAAGUUCCCGUCCCACGAGAUAAGGCUGAAAACGUCCCACAAGAUAUCUGUUUGUGCUCAUCUCAGAUCAGUAGUCAGUCCUAUUUCACGCAAAGGAACUCCGCUCCGCUUUGCAUUUAUGUUUCAGCGAUAAUUUUUUGAUAGAAGAUCUCCCUUUUUGAUCGAUCCAUACAUUGGGGCUUCGUUGAAUAGGAAUUACAAUGACCAAGGAUACAAUUGAUGUCCCCCCAAAAGGUGGUUUUAGCUUCGAUUUGUGCAGAAGGAAUGAGAUGCUGGCGAAGAGAGGGGCUCACCCCCCGUCUUUUCUAAAGACAGGGACCACUAUAGUGGGAUUGGUUUUCCAGGAUGGUGUCAUUCUUGGAGCAGACACGCGAGCCACUGAAGGACCCAUAGUAGCUGAUAAGAACUGUGAGAAAAUUCACUACAUGGCUCCUAACAUUUAUUGUUGUGGAGCAGGGACUGCUGCUGAUACAGAGGCCGUGACAGACAUGGUCAGCUCCCAGCUGAAACUUCACAGAUAUCACACUGGUCGUGAAUCCAGGGUUGUCACGUCACUUACACUGUUGAAGUCUCAUCUUUUCAAGCACCAAGGACAUGUUUCGGCUGCUUUGGUUCUUGGUGGAGUUGAUGUUACAGGACCGCAUUUGCAUACAAUUUAUCCACAUGGCUCAACUGACACACUGCCAUUUGCUACAAUGGGCUCUGGUUCCCUUGCAGCAAUGUCGGUUUUUGAGUCAAGAUACAUAGAAGGUCUAAAUAGGGAUGAAGGAAUCCAACUGGUGACAGAUGCCAUACUGGCUGGAAUUUUCAAUGAUCUGGGUAGUGGAAGCAAUGUUGAUGUUUGUGUGAUCACCAAGGGGCACGCAGAAUACAUUAGAAACCACAAGUUGCCGAAUCCCCGAACAUACCCACAGAAGGGUUAUGCAUUCCCUAAAAAGACCGAGGUUCUUUUUACAAAAGUUACACCCUUGAUUGACAUUGUGGAAGUUGCUGUUGAAGAUGCUAUGGAAGAAUGAAGCCAAUAUUGGUUCCUUCUAAACUGAACCUCUGGUGUUUGUCAAAGACAUUUUCAUUGUAUAUGAACUUUUAAUGAGAUGGUGCUGUUUUAUAAAAUUAACCAUCCAUAUAUAUUUGCGAGAAUUUAAAAUCAGGGUGUUUGCGUUUAAAUUAUUUGGUGGAAGUUUUGUUGCUCUUUUGAUAUCAAUGAUUUAGCAACAUGAAAAGUCAUUAACACUUUUC